AUGGCGAUCAAGCACAACAACCAGAUUUUCAACCAGCAUUUCCACAAGGACUGGCAGCGUCGUGUGCGCGUCCACUUCGACCAGCCUGGUCGCAAGCACCGCCGUCGUGAGGCUCGUCUCGCAAAGGCUGCCGCUGUUGCUCCUCGUCCGGUUGAUAAGCUGCGUCCCGUUGUGCGAUGCCCUACUGUCAAGUACAACCGCCGGGUCCGUGCCGGCCGUGGCUUCACCCUUGCCGAGUUGAAGGAAGCUGGUAUCCCUAAGAAGCUCGCCCCCACUGUUGGCAUUGCUGUUGACCACCGCCGUGUCAACUACUCCAAGGAGUCGCUCGCCGCCAAUUUUAAGAAGCUUGACUCCUCUGCCGAGGAAGUCAGUGCCGCCAAGGCUGCUUUCGCUGCUGAGGGCAAGACCGAGGGUUACGCCACCCGUGUCGGUGCUACCUUCCCUGUCAAGAACCCCUCUGCCGAGGAGGCUAUUACUGAGGUCAAGCGUGAUGACCUGCCUAAGGGUGAAGAGGCUGCUUACCGUCGGCUGCGUGAUGCCCGCAGCGAGGCUCGCCAUAAGGGUAUCCGGGAGAAGCGUGCUAAGGCUAAGGCUGAGGAGGAAUCUGCCGCCAAGAAAUAA